AUGGACAUGGACAUGGACUUGGACCUGGACUUAGAUCUCGGCAGCCUGUCCUCGCACGCCCACCCGCCGAGCCCCGGCCUCCCGGGCAGCACCCAACCACACAGCUACAACAGCGCCAACGCCCACAACACCAACCACACCACGACCACACACGCCUCCCCCCCCGCGCACACCUCGCACCGGCGCGCGCGCUCCACCUCGUCCACCUCGUCCUCCUCCCCAACCAACAACCCCACCACAAACACAACCACCCCCACCCCCGCGCAGUCCCGCCGCAAAGCCCAAAACCGCGCCGCCCAGCGCGCCUUCCGCGAGCGCAAAGAACGCCACGUCCGCGAGCUAGAAGCCAAGCUCGCAGACCUCGAAGCCAGCGCCCAAGGCCUGCAGAACGACAACGAGCGCCUGACGCUGCUGCUGAAGCGCGCCGAGACGGAGAACGAGAUUUUGCGCGUUGCGGGCGCGCUGGCUGCUGGGUCUGGAGGUGGGAGUGGGGGAAGUGCGAGUGGGAGUGAGGGUACGGGUGUGGGGGAGGCGUACACGUCCGUCCGCGGGCAGGGCGGCGCGACAGGGACGCUGGAGCGGCGGAGUAGCACGGAGCCACGGCGGCACGGCGUAGAGCCGCGUAACAGCAAAACAAGGGAGAAGAACAGCGGCGCGGGCAAAGCACCAAGCAAGCCCCUCAGCGCAGCCGCAACCUGGGACCUGCUGCAAGCGCACCCGCUCGUCGCGGCCGGCGUCGUCGACGUCGCGGACGUGUGUGAGCGCCUGCGCGGGCGCGCGCGCUGUGAUGGCCAGGGACCUGUGUUUGAGGAGCAUGUUGUGCUAAGUGUGGUGGCGGAGGCGAGGAGGGGGGGCGGGGAUGUGCUUGUUUAG